AUGUCUCUGGCCUGGCUGGAGGUGCUCCGACAGCUGUUAAAUGUGUUUAUACAUUUCCUUAACUUGUUUUUCCAUACAUGGUUUUUGUCCAUCAUUCAGGAUGAGUUUAGAACUGGAAAGAUUAAUUUAGACAAGACACUGAAAUUACUUAUUAAGCUAAACAUCCCUUUUGAUUAUGUUCAUGUAAAAUAUGUUUUUAAGAAAACAAGUAAUCAGCCGAAGACUGGAACUAUUACUAUAGAAGAAUUCAGGGCAAUUUAUCGAACCCUUGCGCACAGAAGUGAAAUACAUGAACUUUUCUGCAGUUAUUCUCCGAACCGCAAAAUUCUACCUGAAAUAAACCUGAUUGAGUUUCUCAGAAAAGAACAAUUUGUAAUUGAUGCUGAUGAAGCAAUUGCCUCUGAACUUAUUGCAAAGUAUGAACCCAUUGAAGAAGUGCAGAGAAAAAAACAGAUGUCGUUUGAAGGAUUUUUAAGAUACAUGAACUCAAAAGACUGUUUGAUAUUUAAAAGAGAACACACAAUUGUUUACCAAAAUAUGAGCUACCCAUUACGUGAUUAUUUUAUUUCAUCUUCUCAUAACACCUACCUCAUAUCUGAUCAACUAAUAGGGCCAAGUCACCUUUGGGGUUAUUCAAGUGCUCUGAUGAAAGGAUGUCGUUGUUUGGAAAUUGAUUGCUGGGAUGGACCACAAAAUGACCCUAUUGUGUAUCAUGGUCAUACUUUAACGAGCAAAAUUACAUUUAGAACUGUCAUCGAGGUGAUAGAUAAGUAUGCAUUUGUGGUAUCUGACUAUCCUCUUGUACUGUCUUUGGAGAAUCACUGCAGCCCUAAGCAACAGGAAGUAAUGGCAGACUAUUUAGAAACUAUUCUAGGUGACAAACUUCUUACUACAAUAAUUGGUGAUACGUUUCCUACAGAUCUACCUUCCCCUGAGGAAUUAAAAUUCAAAAUAUUGGUAAAAAAUAAGAAAGUUGGAACACUUGAAGAAACUGUUCUCAGGAGAGGUCUUGAUAGCCAUGGUGAGAUAGGGGAAUUUGUAGAAGAGGUAGAGCAAUCAGAAGAUGAUGAAGCUGAUGAAAGCACUCCCUCAACACCAAAAUCUCCUCUGCUAAAAAGAAGAAAUGCAGUUAAGAGAUCUCCACCACCCCCUCGAAAAAAGCGAAAGAUUAAGAAGGUAAAACUGGCCAUGGAGCUCUCAGAACUUGUGAUUUAUACCAAAGCUGAAAAGUUUAAAAGUUUUGAGCAUUCAAGAGCUAAUCAGAAGUUCUAUGAAAUGAAUUCAAUUGGAGAGGUUAAAGCACGAAAACUUGCCAAACAGACAGCUAAUGAAUUUGUUUUACAUACUGCCAAAUUUAUUACAAGAAUUUAUCCCAAAGGGACUAGAGCGACCUCUUCUAAUUAUAAUCCUCAAGAAUUCUGGAAUGUAGGAUGCCAGAUGGAUGUGCCCCAGAAUCUUUUGCACCAUUUCCUGUAGAUCUUCAGUGUUGCUGCAAUAGUUCAUGCAGUGGCCUUAAAUUUCCAGACACCUGGACUACAAAUGGAGCUGCAAAAUGGAAAAUUUAUGGACAACGGUUGUUGUGGCUAUCUUCUAAAACCAGAAUUCAUGAGAGAUUCUGCUACGCAGUUUAAUCCAUAUAAUGUAACAGGAAACCAUAAUCCAAUAACUCUUUCAAUAAGGCUUAUUAGUGGUUAUCAGUUACCACCUAGUAACCUCUCCAGGACUAAUAAAGCUGAUCCUUUAGUCCAGAUAGAAAUUCAUGGUGUGCCAGAAGAUCAAGUAAAACAACAGACUUGUGUCAUAAAAAGCAAUGCUUUGUGUCCUAGGUGGAAUGAAACUUUUACUUUUAAUAUUCAAGUUCCAGAACUGGCAUUAGUACGCUUUUCUGUGGAAGAUCAGAUAUCGCUAGCUGCAAAUGAGUUCCUGGGCCAAUACACUUUACCACUGCUGUGUAUGAAUAAAGGUUAUCGUCAUGUUCCUCUGUUUUCCAAACUUGGUGACAGACUUGAUCCUGCAUCACUCUUUGUGUAUAUUUGGUACUAUUAAUGAUGACAUUAGCAGUACUCCUGAACUGGCACGCUCCUCAAUAAAGCAAUCAUCAUGUAGCUUGCAAACAACAGUUUAGUGUGUGGCCUGAUUUUCAGAGGUGCUGAGCACCUGCAACACUUGUGUGGCUAAAGGCUAUUUAACAUGAAUAAAGGCUGUAGAAUUGGGCCCUGAAGUAAUUUAGAAGAACUCAUACAUGGUUGACUUUUGCAGUAGAUUUUCUUGAAUCCAAUCAAUAUUUUAAUAUAUGGUUAUUUGCAACUAAUAGCAAAAUAGUAAUGAAUUAUUAAAUAAUAAGGAAGUAGUAUUUUAAUAUUUAUGGUCUCAGACUUCCAAAAGCACCAAAAUUAUGUGCAAAAUUGAGUAUCAGAGGGGUAGCAGUGUUAGUCUCAAUCUGUAAAAGCAGCAGAGUCCUGUGGCACCUUAUAGACUAACAGACAUAUUAGAGCAUGAGCUUUCGUGGGUGAAUACCCACUUCGUCAGAUGCAUGUAGUGGAAAUAUCCAGGGGCAGGUAUAUAUAUAUGCAAGCAAGCUAGAGAUAAUGAGGUUAGUUCAAUCAGGGAGGAUGAGGCCCUGUUCUAGCAGUUGAGAUGUGAAAACCAAGGGAGGAGAAACUGGUGCAAAAUUGAGUGGUCUUUUUAAUUUGCACUGAGAAACUUUUUCCUACUAUAUAUUAAUCUGUUCAAAAAAAAGAAAACCGGAAACAUACAUACACAUACAAACAAAACAUAAUUUACCCUUUAAAUCCAUAAUGAGUCAAUUUUUGAUUGAGCUAUAGCUCAUCAAUGUCCACUGUAAAAUGAUAAAAGCUCAAGAGUGGUAACCUGGACAAUAUUCAGUUCUGCUGAUACCAGGAUCUCAAAACACUAACCACCUGCCAGAUACUGCUGUUGGCACCAUCUUUGCCAGCAUAGCCUUUGCCCUCCCAUCAGGAGCCAGUGUUCUCCCACUCAUCUUAUAAAAUUGCUUUUGUGCAACGAGCUCCACAUGGACACGUGGAUCUACAGCACUCAUUGAAGGUUUCAGGUUCAAGCCUCAAUAACUUACCAACCUGUUUUACAAUGGCACAUUUCUUACUUAAGAUAUUUGUAUCAAUGCUUAUCUCAAGGAUCUGCAACCUUUGGCCUGUGGCCCGAAAGGGUAAGACCCCUGGUGAGCCAG